AUGGUGGAUGAAAUCCGAGGCGGACUCUUGUGCCUGUUCAACGGUUCUCUCUGCUCUGACAGGAUUAAGAGAAUGGCUGGGAUGAAGGAGUCUCAGAUCAGUGCUGAGAUCGAGCUUCUACCCACCAACGACAAGAAGAAAUGGGCACGCCCGCCCAUCUCCAUGAACUUUGAGGUCCCGUUUGCACCGUCCGGGCUCAAGGUUCGAUACCUGAAGGUGUUUGAGCCCAAGCUGAACUACAGCGACCAUGAUGUGAUUAAAUGGGUGCGCUACAUUGGCCGGAGUGGCAUCUACGAGACACGGUGCUAGCUUCCCGCGGGAUCGGGGGGAGGGGGGUGUUCUAUGUAGGGGGGCUUAAGCCUGCCUGGAUAUCACUACCCCCCCUACCCUCCAGCUCUGGAACAACAAGUUUUAAAAACAAAGAAUUGUAUUCAAUGAAAUAAUGCACCGGCCCUGUGGAAAUGAAUAAAAUGAGAUGUAACUUCGGGAAUGUGUCUGUGCUGGGUAACCUGCACCUGUCAUCUCUCGUUCCUGCCCUCAUCCAUUCAAACCCCAUCCUCAUCCAUUCAGACCCCAUUGUCUCCCUCACUGGACCAGCAGAGCAGUGCUAAUGUCCAGCUCUCUGUGACCUUUUUUGUUACUUUUUAAAAAUUUGUUUUAUUUUCUUUUAACUCUCCUCUCCUGUUUAGGUAACAAUGCCCUGUAAUCCUAAUAGUGAAUAUAACCUUUCUUUCCGCCUGUGUGUCUUCACUAUUCUAAUGAUUCUUAUACACUCGGCAUCCUGUAUCUCUCUCUCUCCUAUGCUAUCCUGAGCGUGCUGUGUAUACGUAUUGUAGUUCUAGUGUAGUCAGCAACUGGACAUAUCUUCAUGGAGUUAUAGAAAUUAUAACUUUUUUUUUUUUUUCCAGUGUGCUAUAGAUAGGGAUUAAUAGAUUGUGAUAAAUGUUAUCUGUGCAAUCAUUAGGAGAGCCCAGUUUCCCCUCCACACCCCCCCUGGUCCUCACUGUUUUUUCUCACCCUUCCUCUAUGCUGUGGGUUCUGUAUCCAGUGCUACAGUGUUUCAUUCUUGUGACCAGAACAGAAGCUUAAAGAAGAAUUUAAAAGGUGGCAAAAAUCUAUGUAUUUAAGAGGAGAGCGAAUAGAUGAAAGAAGAAAAUGGUUGACGUUUCAAUUCUCAAGUUUUUCAAUAGGAGUGAAGCGGAGGUGGUAUUUCCAGAGUGAAAUGCUCUGUGCAGCAGGCACACCUUCAAGACACUGUCAGAGUGGCUAACUUGCCUUCCUCUUAGUGCUCUGCUUCUGAUGGCACCAGUCCUGUAGGGGUACAUGCAGCCCCCUCUAGUGGUUACUGCUCUAGCUGCCCACAGGCAGUUCACUAAAUCCCUCCAGUCCCCUGAACGUGUGCCUGUUUGCAGCAGUGGCUAUGAAAUUACACUAGAAAGGAACCCCUCUUUGGGGAUCCAGGAAAAGAGGUGCAGUUAUUUUUCAAUGCAGUGCUGCUGCAGAGAAGUGGCUGGUUAGUUUGGAAGGAGACCGGCACCUAAUCCUGUUGCCAGUAGAUUUUUGAAUCUCUAAAUGUGGGUGACCUUGAUCAGCACAGCAGGUUGUGUCACACUGUUGGGAUCAGGCUGCACCCCCCUCUGAGCUUCUGCUGUGUUGGGAUCAGGCUGCACUUCCUUUACGAGAUACUCCUGUUUUGGAGUCAGGCUGCACCCCACUCUAUGAGAUUCUCCUGGAAGUGCCACCCAAGCCCACUGCCUCUCGCUUCAUUGUGUGAGUUCCAUUUGGUAACUUUGUGAUCGUCCAGUUAAUCCUAAUAAAACAUUAUAGAACAAA